AUGGCGGUGCCGCGAGGAGCCCAGAUCGCAGCACGGCUCCUGAGUCGAGGCUCACGGACUCUGAACUCCAAUCCAUCUUUAAGCAUAAGGGAGCACAAGUUCGACCAUUCCCUUGCAAAAUCAAAGACCCAGCGGAUUAGAAAUGCCUCUCUACACACGCGAGCAUCUCAUCAUGCGCAGGCCGCCACUGCUGCUGUGCAUGAAGAAGAACCUUACGAGUCCUCGAACCCGGCAAUGUCCUUUCCGUGUCUGGACGCCCAAGAAAUGAAGACGGCUGCUUUGCAGAACCGCUCUCUCGAAUCAGGGCCCGAGCCAUCCUACACCACGGGCAAACACAUGGUCUUCCACAGCUCCGACCCCAUCCUGCUAGAUUGGGGUGGGAUACUGCCUGAAUUCAACAUCGCCCACGAGACUUGGGGUACAUUGAACGCAGACAAGAGCAAUGCAAUUCUGUUACAUACUGGACUAUCGGCGUCAAGCCAUGCACACAGCACUGGAGCAAACCCGAAACCUGGAUGGUGGGAAAAGUUCAUUGGGCCUGGUGCUCCCUUGGAUACCAGCAAAUACUUUGUGAUUUGCACCAACGUGAUAGGUGGCUGCUAUGGCUCGACUGGACCUUCUUCGAUCGACCCCUCUGACGGCCAGCGAUAUGCCACUCGGUUUCCCAUUUUGACGAUGGACGAUAUGGUCAGAGCGCAAGCGCGGCUUCUGGACGGCCUGGGAAUCGACAAGCUCUACGCCAGCGUCGGUGCCAGCAUGGGCGGUAUGCAAAGUCUCGCCUUUGGUGUUCAUUUCCCUGAGCGAGUGGGCAAAGUCGUCAGCAUUUCAGGCUGUGCAAGGAGUCACCCGUACAGCAUCGCCAUGCGGCACACUCAACGACAAGUGUUGAUGAUGGACCCUAAAUGGAACAGGGGCUUCUACUACGACAGUAUCCCUCCACAUACGGGAAUGAAGCUCGCCCGCGAAAUUGCCACCGUGACAUACCGCAGCGGGCCAGAGUGGGAGAAUCGAUUUGGGAGACAGCGAGCCGACCCCAGCAAACAGCCCGCGCUGUGCCCUGAUUUCUUAAUUGAGACGUACCUGGACCACGCUGGUGAGAAGUUUUCCUUGGAAUAUGAUCCAAAUUCUUUGCUUUAUGUGAGCAAGGCGAUGGAUCUGUUCGAUCUUGGGUGGGCGCAUCAAGAGAGCACAAGAACGCGAAGACAAAAGAACCAGGAGAAGCUGUUGAACUUUCGUGGGGCAGCCACCAUUCGAAACGACCCAGCAUGCAGUCUGAUGUUGCCGUCGAAGAAUUAUGAAGAACAAGUUUCCACUGCGCCAAUGGAUGAAGUUGUUGCCCCCGGCCACCCAGCAGGCCCGCCCAAAGAUCUCGUCCAGGGGAUGGCACCCUUGAGCGACCAUCCCGUCUUGGUGAUGGGUGUGGCCAGCGAUAUCCUCUUUCCAGCGUGGCAGCAGAGAGAAAUAGCUGAGACGUUGAGGGCAACAGGGAACAAUCGAGUAACGCACGUGGAACUUGGCGAGGAUAUUAGUUUGUUCGGGCAUGACACAUUUCUCUUGGAUCUAGAGCAUAUUGGCGGCAAUCUUGGGAAAUUCCUGCAGUAA